GGAGACGCCAGCCCGGUGAAGACAGCACUGAGGCAGUGUGCCCAAUGCUCGCUGCCAGAAUUAUAUGCAUUUGUUGAGAAUUUCAGUAAGAAGAGCAAGAAAUUAAAUCUCCUAAAAACAUGUGGUAUUUCACUUGAUGAAGCACAGAAAAUGCUUACUGAAAACCUUAACGCCAUGUCCUUUGCCAGGGGCGCUGUCACGGGAAGAGAUCCCCAGCGUGUUUUCAUGUGCACGGUGGUUAAAGAGGAGGAGAAGCGGGCGGAGGCCAUGGCGGAGCUCCUGCACCGCAGCCUGCAGGCGGGCUCGCAGUCGCCGGCGGAGGGAACCUCCAGCUCCGGGCAGCGGCUGUGGCAGUGCGGAAUCCCCGCGCCUGCGCACACCUUUCCCCCGGAGAUUCUUGAGAAGCACGCGAAGGCUGUGACCCGGUUGGCCAACCUGAAGAAGUUUCAGAGCACCAGAGUUUUAUGCAGGCUAGGCCUUCUCAAGGUCAGCCUGGAAAAGUCCCCCUUCGAAGACAAAAUUCCUAAAUACCUCCUAGUUGACUCAGAAAAACAAUUCUUGGAUAUACAGGAUCUGGAAUGGAGAUACUUUAAGGAUCUUUUGCAAAGUGGAAUCACACUAGGAGGCCUUCGUUGCUAGACAUAAAAUGUGACACUGAGAAGAGAUUUGUGGAGAACCAGGGCAUGCCUGAUGUCAUUUUCCCAACUAUAGUUCAUAAAUCAUUGGUUGUUUAUCCUCAAAUUGAUUAUCAAAAAGAAAGAACUAAUUGUCUUAAAUUGGAUAUGUUGUUUAUUAAAAUAUUUUAGAUGUAUAUUUUUGCGUUGGAGAGCAUUGAAUCUAUACAUUCUUUACUUUAAAAAGUAAAGAAGCUGAGUAUCUGAACUGAGUCUAUACAACACAUGUGCAAGGUCCAAAAUUAAAUCAUUAAUAUGGAGUAAAAGAUGCAAGUUAAUCUGCCAAUUAAUGUAAGACUGGUUUGGACCUGUGAGACCCAUUUGGACCAGAGCUGAAGCAAAUAUAGAUCGUAUGAAAAGAAAGGGUGCAUAUGAAAGAGAACUCCCAAGCAGGAAUGGCUCUUUAAGAAAUUUUAAGCACAUGAGUGAGUCCAUCAUGAUAAAAAUAUUUCAUAAAUUCAACAAAUGAAAGAAUUAACACCUGGGGAUAUAGAGAUUAAUCUGAGAACUUUAAAAUAAUUAAUUAACUGCUCAAAGACGAAGGAAGGAAGCAACAUCCAUGAAACAAGAACAAGAAGAUUUGGAAAGGAACAAAUUGGAAAUCUUGGAAGUAAAAAGUAUAGUCACUGAGAAUAAUAACAACCCUCAAUAAGUUAUCCCAAUGCUACACUGAUAUUUUUUAACAGAGAGGACUCAUGAAUUGGAAUAUAGCACUGAAAAGCUUCUAGAUCGAAGCACAGUAAGAUAGAGAAGGAAAAGCAAUGGAGGGUAGAGUAAGAAGCUGAGAAAUAUGUCCAGUAGAAUUUGCAGAAGAAAAUAAGCAGAAUGAAAAAGAUGCGAUGUUUGAAAAUAAAAUGACUGCAAAUUUUCCAGAAAUGAAGUAACACCAAAGCUUGAAUUGAAAAAUCUCAUUGUUACUAAACAAGAUAGUAAAAAUAAAUUUCUACCUAGAAACACUGUAGCAAAACUAUAAAGCAUUAAACAAAAAACGGAAAAUAUAAUCUACAAAAAAGAGAUGAAUUACAUACAAAGAAAUGACAAAUUGACAGCAUAACUCUCGUGAACAAGAGCUGUCAGAAGGUGAUGGUGUUGUAUAUGCAAAAUGCUGAGGGAAAACAACUGUCCAUUUGGAAUUCUGUAAUUAGCUGAACUUUCUUUAAAGAGUAGAGGUGAAAUAAAUACAUUUAAAAAUA